UUAAUUGGAAUAUUUGCUGUGUGAAGGCCGUUAAGUACAUUUUAAUUAAUCAAUCAAUGAGCCCUUUAUCCUCAACUUUUUAGACUGUUAAUUAAAUUUUUCUAUAUUUUACAGAAUGUCAAACAGUUUAGUGUGCCUUUUGGCAUAAAAUUCAAUUCCUCUAUUUCCUCUUCAAUUUAUUCCAAUUUUUUUUUUUUUAUUGCUUAGAUGGGUGGACGAGCUCACAGCCCACCUGGUGUUAAGUGGUUACUGGAGCCCAUAGACAUCCACAACGUAAAUGCGCCACCCACCUUGAGAUAUAAGUUCUAAGGUCUCAAGUAUAGUUACAACGGCUACCCCACCCUUCGAACCGAAACGCAUUACUGCUUUCCUCAUCUAACAUCUUCAAUUGUUGUCUAUACUGCUCCAGUCUGGACCGCCUGUCAACUUUAUCUCACCCCUUGCCUUUGCAUUUAUUUAAAAAAAAUAUAUAUUGCUAAUACCGGUAUACUUAAAUACGGUUGACCUCUCUAGACAGAAGCAUUUGUAAUCGAGUGUCAAAAGUCAACGUUCUAUUUGAAGAACAAAGAAUCGUUCGUGCAAAUAACGAAUAAAUUUAAUACGUAACUAGUUUCAUGCGUUGGUAUUAAAUGUAUGUAUGUAUUGUAUUGUCGCGCGGUAAUCGCGUACUCUGGCCGUCGCGCGGUAUCAUCAUACGUGUACACGCCUGAUAAAUUCGUUUAUUUACGGUUUAUUAUCGGUGGCGAGCGCGAGUGUCGUCCGGCAACCGUGCCGCAUCACUAGCUUGAAUUAUUUUUAAAUUUCAAAUUUAGUAAUCGAAUUGAUUAGUCGUUUUUUUUUUUUUUUUGUGAUGACGGUUUAUCAGAAGGAACACGUUUUUUAGUCUGUGUUUUUUUGUGUGUUGUGUAUCUAUGUGUGUUACCGGCUGAAAAUAGUAUUGGAAUUUGGCUCAAUUUUUUUGGCACUGAAUUUGAUUUUCGUCAGUAAGAGAACUUUGUCAAUUUGUAAGAAUGCUAUUGGUAAAUAGCGGCGGUCUCCGUCGCUGGUCGUAACAUGCGUUCGUUGUUGGCUUACUACGCGGACGCGGUGAUGUCGGUGGCGGCUAAGGGCGCCGGCUGCGCGCUCAGCUGCAGCGGCAGGGGCGACUGCAUGAACGGCACCUGUCUCUGCGAGAUCCGGUACUCGGGCGAGGGUUGCGCCGGACCUAACCUGCCGUAUCAUGCGUGUAUUGGCGGUGUUUUCCUCGUCGUCGCCUUCGUGUGCGCCGUCCAACUGAUGAUAUGCGUUGUCACGGAGUACAGGAAACUAAAGGCUCCGACUUUCCUGAGGGCUUGCAAGGUCACGACCCAGAAGAUGCUGUAUCUGGUCGCUUUCCUCGCCUCCCUGAUACGGGGAGCUUACUUCGUUUCGCCGUCUGCUUUUCAAGAGGGAUGGGCGACCAGUCUUCUAUCGGCUUAUUAUCCCCUGUUGAUGUCUGGAUCGUCGCUGAUCGUGUGCUUUUGGGCCGAGGUGUUUCACCUUCGCAACAUCCGCUGGGAGAGUCCAAGGUUCCUGUCCAAAUCGUUCCUGGCCUUCGUUACCUUCAACCUCAUCAACUACUCGUUGUUGGCAGCCGAGGUCCUUACGACGAACAUCGCUGAUACUUCUGCCGAGAAGAGGACCUUCUACCAGCACAUAUUCAAUGGUUGUUACGCCGUUCUACUCUUCAUCGUUGUCGUGUUCUUCCUCAUCUACGGUGUAGAAGUAUUCUUUAAGCUCCGCGGUGAGUUCCUGAAGGAGACCAAAGUAUGCACCAUAAUAUCGCCCCGUCCCGGAACCUCAGCCGACGGAGAUGAAGCCCAGGAUACGCUUGUCACUAAACAGGGAAUUCAAACGGAUUUGCUGGACGGAGACGGAACGGUGGACCCUCGGUCCGUGGACCUCUCGCAGCUGCACCAGUCGCGCGUGGGCCUGAUCAGCCUCGCGCUGAUGCUCAUACUGAUCGUCUGCUUCCUGGCUUCUGAAACCCUAAGCGAAUUCUGGAAGACUAAGGUGCCGGUGGUGUCCCGCAACUGGCACGACCUGGUGUUCCGGCUCGCCGAGAUCGGGGUCGCAGUAUGGUUCCCGUGCGCGCUGUGGAACUCGAUGGCGCCCGAGCGGCUCUGGCUCCUGAACCCGCGCCGGCUGCUCGCCAGGCAGCUGGACGACGCCAAGCUCGCCGACCUGCUCGCGCAGCACCACCACGAUGCCAAGACGUUGGCCGACCUCAGCCAACUGGGCUGGCGCCAGAAAGCAUGGUACUUUCUCGAGUUGGCCAAAUAUUGGAUCGUUUGGAGGUUCGCUCUUACUGUCUUUUUCAAACCUCUUCCUUUGCCUGUAAACGGGAAAGAGACACAAAACUCGGACGCUGCUAAUGCGGUUGGCUCGAACACAAAUUCGAACGUGGAGAGUGACUCGCUCGUGGACAGCGUCGGCUCGAGCCGGGAUUGCUGGAUUUGCUACGACAGUUCCCGGGCGGAGCCCCUCAUCAGGCCGUGUCGCUGCACCGGCGACGUGUCCGCCGUGCAUCAUGACUGCCUGAGCAGGUGGCUCGUCGAGAGUGCCGCCUCGCCUGACGGCUUGAAGUGCAAAGUCUGCAACACUCCCUACAUCGUCCAGGAGACCAAUCGAGUGGAGUGGGAGCGCGGGUUCACGUGGUCGCACUGGGCGGGCACCGCGGCCGCCGUCACCGCGCUCACCGGUGCCGCGGCCGGCGCCUGGGCCCUCGCGCAGCUCUACCCCUCCUCCCUCGUGCGCGUGCUCGCCGCCGGCGCCGCGCUGCUCGUCUGCUACGUCGCGCUCAGAUUCCUGGGCACGAACACGGUGUCGGCGUACCACCGGGCCCGCGUCUACGGCCUGAAGAUCCUGACGGAGCCCUUCGCCGACGUCCAGGACUCGGAGCAGGGUCAGCUGUCGACCAUCAGCAGGACGGUGACCGUCGAGAUCGCGCCGAAGGACGUCCUCGACCAAGCGCUCAAGGGCGAAGCGAAAUAGCACGAGAAAAUAACGAACUGCGAUUUUUAAAUAGCGCGCUAUAUAACGUUGUCCGUCGCAAAUAACGUAGCAGCUAAGUUUUGGCAGUGAAAUGAAACAGUGGUGAUGUGACGUGAAAAACAAAACGAAAAAAAAAAACGGAGGUAGUGUGUGGAAGUUAACUUAUGAAACUUUUAAUGGACGCCGCAGAGAAUGCGAUGAAAACAAAAGUUAAAAAUAUAUAAUAUAACGAAAUUUCGUUCCAGUACAAACGUGAUGAAUAUGAGGAAGCAUAUUGUAAGUUCAGUGCAUAUCGUUACAUAGUGCAUACUGUAAGCAGUGACAAUGAUUGAGUGUUGUUAAAAAAAAAGCAAAAAAAAAAAACGAACAAUUAGUGAUGCUAUAAUAAAUUAAGCAUGCUAUUUAGCAGCUAGAGGUACGCUACAUAUAAUAGUUGGAUAGUGCGAUAGGAAUUUGUUACGUAAAUAGAUUGUACCGUUUGAGUAUUGAGCUUUUUUGUUUUUGUUAAUACGUAUUUAGUACAAAGACGGUGACCGUCACGCUUCGAUUGUCAACCAACGGUGAUCGUUUACGUAUUUUAGAAUAAUGAUAAUAUGUAUAAAAAUAUAUUUUUUUUAAAUUAAAUGUUCGAACUGAAACUAAUUGUAGUUAAAAAUUGUUAAAAUUUUUAAUAUUGUAUGUAAUACACCUACCUACCUACCUAUAAAAAUUAUAAAAAAAUGACUUAAA